CGAAUGUAGUUCAAUGGUUAGAACCUUAGCCUUCCAAGCUAAUGAUGGGGGUUCGAUUCCCCUCGUUCGCUCCAAUAAAGUUAAUCUUCGGAUUGUUCUCGACGACAAAAAACCACUAAAAGCCGGAGAUAAAUUACAAGGAAGUUACAAUGGGACAGAAGGCCAAGCUUUCGACGAAAAAGAAGUACAACUAGAAGAUAUUGCUACAGUGAAAAGUGAUGACCCGUGGAACAAAUCAGGUUUUCUAGUAAUCGGCAGUGUAAGAGUGAAGACAGAUAGUAAUGAUGAUAGUGCCUAUUCAGCAAUUGAAGAAAAAGUGCUACUCCAAGAAGGUUCAACUAACUUGUUGGGUUACGGUGUAAUAGGUGGUAUG